UAAUAUCAAAAAGAAAUAUACCAUGUAGACUUUUACUACAUAAUAUACCAACUUAAGUAUAUUUUUCAUUAGUUGGAAGGUGUCUCCAGGAUAACUCCUCCGGCAUCAGGUCCUAAUUGGUUUAGCAGGAAUCCUAGGGGAGGCCAUCCUGAGAAAACCAUUCCAGAAAAACAAAUAGCAUCUCUGUAGCUUAUGUUGUCCCAUACGGCUGUAUCAAGAGUGGUGUAUAUUCUUCUAUCUGUAUGUUGUUUCCUUUCCAUAGAUACAAGCUCUGAGAAAAACUCCCUCAGAGAUCUGCCCACAAACUCUGACCCUAAAAAUCUUGAGGAAUCAACCAGAACGAUGCCAGAGCAGCAGGAAAUGGGGACUGAGAAAGAAGGCCUGGUCAGUCCAAAGAGCAAACCACCUGAAGCCCCCAUUAUAAACGAGUAUUCUGACGCCCAGCUACACAACCUGGUAAAGAGGAUGCGUCAAAGAACGGCCCUGUACAAAAGGAAGUUGGUGGAAGAUGAUUUAUCCUCACCUGAAGCCAGCCCCAAAACUGCAAAACCCACAGCUGUAUCCUCAACCCAAGAAAGCAAUGCUCAGCCCAAAGAAGAACAUUACUAUCACGUGUUGUGUUGGAAACUGCGGAAGAUGCCUCUGACAGAGUACUUAAAGCGGAUGAGACUCCCGAGAAGCAUAGAUUCGUACACGGAUCGUCUCUAUCUCCUGUGGCUCCUGCUCGUCACCGUGGCCUAUAACUGGAACUGCUGGCUCAUCCCACUGCGCCUCGUCUUCCCGUAUCAGACCCCAGACAACACACACUACUGGCUCAUCACGGACGUCGUGUGUGAUCUCAUCUACUUUUGCGAUAUGCUGUUAAUCCAGCCCAGACUCCAGUUUAUAAGAGGAGGAGACAUCAUAGUGGAUUCAAAUGAGCUAAAGAAACACUACAGGAGUUCUACAAAAUUUCAGUUGGAUGUCGCAUCAAUAAUUCCAUUUGAUGUUUUCUACCUCUUCUUUGGGUUUAAUCCAAUAUUUAGGACAAAUAGAGUAUUAAAGUACACCUCAUUUUUUGAGUUUAAUCACCAUCUGGAAUCGAUAAUGGACAAGGCCUAUAUCUACAGAGUCAUUCGAACAACUGGGUACUUGCUGUUUACUCUGCACAUUAAUGCCUGUAUUUAUUACUGGGCUUCAAACUAUGAAGGAAUUGGAACGACUAGAUGGGUGUACGAUGGUGAAGGAAACAAGUAUCUGAGAUGUUAUUAUUGGGCAGUUCGAACUUUGAUUACCAUUGGGGGCCUUCCAGAACCACAAACUACAUUUGAAAUUGUUUUUCAACUGUUGAACUUUUUUUCGGGAGUGUUUGUCUUCUCCAGCUUAAUUGGUCAGAUGCGAGAUGUGAUCGGGGCAGCGACAGCUAACCAGAACAACUUCCGGGCCUGCAUGGAUGAGACCAUCGCCUACAUGAACACUUACUCCAUCCCCAGGAGUGUGCAGAAUCGGGUGCGGACUUGGUAUGAAUACACAUGGGACUCUCAAAGAAUGCUCGAUGAGUCCGACCUGCUUGAGACCCUGCCAACGACCAUGCAGCUAGCCCUCGCCUCCGACAUGAAUUUCAGCAUCAUCAGCAGAGUCGACCUGUUCAAGGGUUGUGACUCACAGAUGAUUUAUGACAUGUUGCUAAGAUUGAAGUCCACUAUCUAUUUACCUGGUGACUUUGUCUGCAAAAAGGGAGAAAUUGGCAAGGAAAUGUACAUCAUCAAGCAAGGAGAAGUGCAAGUUCUUGGAGGCCCUGAUGGUGCUCAAGUUCUGGUUACUCUGAAAGCUGGGACAGUGUUCGGAGAAAUCAGCCUUCUGGCAGCAAGAGGAGGGAACCGUCGAACUGCCAACGUGGUGGCCCAUGGGUUUGCCAAUCUUUUAACUCUGGACAAAAAGACCCUGCAAAAGAUUCUGGUGCAUUAUCCAGACUCUGAGAAGCUGCUCAUGAAGAAAGCCAGAGUGCUUCUCAAGAAAAAGGGUCCGGCCGCAGAGGCCACCCCUCCAAGAAAAGGACUUGCCCUUCUCUUCCCUCCAAAGCAAGAGACCCCCAAAAUGUUUAAAGCUCUCCUGGGGGGCUCGGAAAAGCCAGAUCUCUCAAGACUGCUCAAACUGAAGAGAGAACAAACUGUUCAGAAAAAAAGUGAAAACUCUGAAGGAGGAGAGGGUAAAGAAAAAGAACAUGAAGAUAAAGGAAGAGAGUCAGCAGAGAAAACACUGGAUGGGUCUAAACGCAGAGCAAGUUCUGCCUCAGCAGAGGAAGCGCCCCGGUCGACUAGCAGGGCAGCCUUACCCAGAGAAACUAGCUGUCAGUCACUCAUCAUCAGCAUGGCUGCUUCUGCCGAGGCCGGGGAAGAGGUCCUGACGAUUGAAGUCAAAGAAAAGGCUAAGCAAUAAACGUGUGAUUAUCUUCGGGUGUAUUCCGGCUAGUUCCCAAAGACACUGUACCCAAGAUUGCAGCUUAAAUUAAUGAGAGGAAAGGACCUUGCCAGGACCGUUGAGAAACCACAGGCAAAUCCCUGGCUUAGUUUCUAGGACUUCUCUGAGGGUGUGAUCUUAAGCAGUGGUAAUAAGAAGAUUAUUAAAAAACCGUCCCUAUUCUCUGUUGUCAUUAGCUUUGUGCAGUUGGUGUUUCUCCUUACUGUAUGUUGUAGGGUUUUUUUUUCUUCUUCUGUUCUUUCUUGACGAUGUUUCUUCCUUCCAUUUUGAUUAGCUUGGUCUUGGCUCUGAAGUAAAUCCCUAACCUUUUCUCUUAAAUCUUUGUGUGUGUUAAAGGCUUGGAUGGCACUGUUAGUCUUGGUUAAAUGUUCUGUGUGUAUGAAUAGUCUCUCUUACUUGUAGGGGAGUAUGAGAUUUUAAUAAAAUGUCAAAAGUCAGGUGAUUUGCAGUCAAAGGAGGGUGAUGAGUAAUUCAAAUAUCAAAUCAACCCAGCAGCUGGGACUAAAAGGCAGCAGAGAAAAUGGAUGUGAAAUCUGACACAGAAGCGUCCCCUGGAGAGGAAUGCUGGUCAGCAGGACCAAGAAACCCAUGGGCAAAAUCACACUGCAGAAACAGUUGGAAAAAUUGUACCCUUCGCUAAAGAAACAAACUUUAAUAUUUUCCCUCAUACUGAUGUAAAAGGCAACAAUCUACCUAGUCACGGGGCUCAACAGAUGACGACAGGGGGAAUAAGAUCGUCCCCGAGCAUUUGCUUCAAAAGGUACCAGAUCUGAGCUUCUCGUUGUUUUCAGCUUUAGUAAAAAGUGAUGAGGUUAGGAGGCAGACUGUACACGUGUCAGACUGACAUAUCCCUACAAUUUGCAGAACCUCCGUGUACGGCUGUUUACAAAAUCUCCAAGUUAAUUAAGCGCACUUUAGGAACUUGUCCUCAUGAAUCAGUGAAUAUUAGCAUAAUUACCAAAGUCUCAUGCUGUGAGGGGGCUGAAAAAGCCAGGCUGAUGUCGGAAGUGAUGGUACGUGUGGAAUCCCAUUCUAAUAAGUGCCAUUAGUAUAUAACACAUUAAGGUCUGUAUCAGAAGCCUAUUUCCAAGUCCCAGAAGAUGGUCAUCGUCACAGCCCUUUGCUGAGAGGGUUUUAACAAAUUCUAUUAGCCAAAAAGCCUACAACACAGAUGCAUUCAGCAAACCGGGCGUAAAUCGAUUGCUAUAAUAAAAUGUAUCAUUUGGUAAAGUCAUCGUUUUUUAAUCUAGUGUUCAACUAUCAUGAAAACAUGGCGAGUUUUACCAAAGGUGGGCUAGUGCUUUUCAGGAUUUAAAGGAAUGGAGAGAAAUUGUUAAAUAGUGCUUAAUUGAUAAAUGGGAGUUUGUGUGUAGAAAGAGUGAUUAGAAAAACCAGAAAGAAAAGGUGGAAAUAGGGCCUGAAAAGAGUCUGAUAAAAAAAAAAAAAAGGAAAAAA